AUGGAGGUGAUGGACAGCUGCCAGUUCUCUCCGUCCGACCUCUUCUACGACAGCUCCUGCCUCUCCUCCCCGGAGGGAGAGUUCCCCGAGGAUUUUGAGCCCAGGGAUCUGCCUCCUUUCGGAGCCCCCCAGCCCCCCGAGCCUGCCUGCUCCGAGGAAGAGGAGCAUGUCCGAGUUCCCACCGGCCACCAUCAGGCCGGCCACUGCCUCGUGUGGGCUUGCAAAGCCUGCAAGAGAAAAUCAACCACAAUGGACCGUCGAAAGGCAGCCACCAUGAGGGAGAGGAGGAGGCUGAAGAAAGUGAACCAGGCUUUUGAGACCCUAAAGAGAUGCACCACUGCCAACCCAAACCAAAGACUCCCCAAAGUAGAGAUCUUGAGAAACGCCAUCAGAUACAUCGAGAGCCUCCAGGACCUCUUGAGGGAACAGGUAGAAAACUACUAUCACCUGCCAGGACAGAGCUGCUCUGAACCGACCAGCCCCACUUCCAGCUGCUCAGAUGGGAUGGCCGACUGCAGCAGUCCUGUCUGGUCGGCGAGAGGCAGCAGCUUCGACGCCGUUUACUGCUCUGACAUAGCCCACGGGUAUGCCACCGAGCAGAGCAGCGCCCUGUCCAGCCUGGACUGCCUCUCAAGCAUCGUGGACCGCCUCUCUCCGGCGGAGGAGCCGGGGUUGUCCUGUCGCGACGCCGACUCCCUCUCGCCCAGCGCUAGCACCGACUCGGGUCCGGGGACGCCCGGGACACCGCCUCUCCGACGGACCUACCAGGCGCUAUGAGGGGCCCGAGGGAAUCAGCAUCUCACGCCUGCCGCCCCCUCCGGGGCUGCUGUGCUCCCGCCGGGGCCGCCGUGCUGCCGCCGGGGCUGCCUUCCUCGCUCAGCCGCGUCCUGUAAAGGCUUCUCGGAGCGAGAGGGGCGGCCCCAGUGCCGCUUGUCCCGCCACUGUCCUCCAGGGCUGAGGGCAAAGCCGCCCGUCUGGCCCCGGCCCGGGCUCCCCCGCCCCGGCCCAGGGCAGACAGACCCUGGGGCUCCGCAGGCGCGCUCCCCUGGAA